GUUUGAGUGUUGAAGAAUGUGAAGCUGCAGUUGUUGCUGGGAAUGCACCUUCUGCUCCUCCAGUUCCUCCGAGGCCGAAAGCGCCUGCUGGCACACCUGUUAUCUCUCCCCUUUGCUCCAAUAGGUCAAGGUUAUGUGCUCACCGAGACUUGUGCUGGUGGAACAUUUACAGAGUAUGACGAUACUUCCGUUGGUCGUGUUGGUCCUCCUCUUCCAUGCUCAUUCAUAAAGUUAAUAGAUUGGUCUGGAGGGGGGUAUCUUCUAAGCGAUAAACCAAUGCCUAGGGGUGAAAUUGUUAUUGGUGGUCCUAAUGUCACACUUGAAUAUUUCAAAAGUGAAGACAAAACCAACGAAGUGUACAAGGUUGAUGAGAACGGGAUGAGGUGGUUCUACACUGACGACAUAGGACAAUUUCAUGAUGAUGGUUGCCUUGAGAUCGUCGACCGUAAAAAGGACAUCGUUAAGCUUCAGCACGGGGAAUAUGUUUCCUUAGGAAAGGUUGAGGCAGCUCUAAUUACGAGUCCCUAUGUUGAGAACAUCAUGUUGCAUUGUGAUCCUUUCCAUAGCUAUUGUGUUGCUCUUGUGGUAGCUUCGGAAUCUGCUCUUCGAGAUUGGGCUAGCAAGCAAGGAAUUAGUUUCAAUGAUUUUCCUAACUUGUGCCAGAAAGAAGAAACUCUCAAAGAAGUGCUUGGGUCACUAGUAAAGCAUGUCUUCAAGAUGGAGCAAGAAGAAAUAAACUGGAGCUACAUAGAAUUUGUCGAUAACCCGUUUAAGGCUAUGUGCUUGUUAAUUUCUCUAAUCACUCGACACGACACAUGAUGGAUCGGCAUAUUGCUAUUACAGGUACUUUUCAUUGGAUUACAUUUCCCUGUACUUGUAUCAACAUCCAUGUACAUGAGUUUUGUUUUUGAUUUGCUUGCAUUUGCUAGAAAUCAUCAUUACCAGCAUAUAUCAUGACGUUUUUGUAGUAACUGCAUCUUAUGUUAUUUCUUCAUUUUGUCAAUCAAACCUUCUGCAUCGUGUAUGGAGCAUGAAACUGUUAUAUAUGUUGUGUUCUUUUAUAAUCCUUUAAUGCAGACACAUUGAGAUUCUUCUUAUAAAUAUGCUAAUAUCAUCAUUCAUAAGAAUACUUUUUCUUUGCAGUUGUUUUAAACAGAGUUCUGAGUUUCUGACAGAUAAAAAUCAUUCUUAUGGUAAACUCUGCUAGAUAAGGGGGUUAACUUUGGUGUGAUGAUAGAUGAUGAUAAUGUCAACUCUUUAUGAUGAUCCCAAUGUAUAUUCCUACCGAAUCAUAAAUAUUGGAGAAUGAUUGGCCUUUCAAACAAGCUUUUACUAUUGCCAAAUGCCAAUUGAUGCACUAACCUUACCAUCAUUCAUAUUUUCGGUAAGUCUCCUCUUUUAGAAACUAUGAACUUAUCUUUCAUGAUCUGUAACUUUUACAUGUUUGGUUUAUGGUAGUAUAGACUAAAAACAAUAAUGCAAUUUCUACGUUACGUUCCAACUGCACACUCAGAAUGAACUAGUGUGAGAGUCACAUACAGAUACAGUAUGAUCAUGGCACACUUUGUAUAUUUCCACCUAUUAAGUGGUUGGGCUUGCAAUCUCAUUCUCCUUCCCUUGUGAAAUAUUUUCUGAUAUAAAAAACUAUGUUGCAUUGUAAUUUUACCAAGGCAACAUAGGAUUUAUGGAUGACAUACGAUAGUUCCUUCAGAUACUACAUGCAGUGACAGCAAAUUUGAUUUCGUCCUAUACCUGGAUAAUCAGCUAUAACGGUUAUGAUCAAACUUUACAGGGAUUGUACUUUAUAGUGUGUUUAUUAGAUGAUCAAAGACAAGCCAUUUUACUUUUGUGAAAUAGUUUGGCCCUAUAUUUAUAGCAGAUUUGGAUGUCUGCAAUAUCCAUAUCUAGAUUCUGAGCUACGUAGCACAUCCAUCUUUCUGUUGUAUGAUCAUGCAUACGAAGAAAAGCCUAGUUACCUGAAAGUGAUGUACAUUUUUGCGUCUUUAGCCCCUUCUGAAGAAAAGGAAUAAGAUAUUGUGAAUUUGACAUGUUCUUGAUUUGUUCUUCUUGAUUUUUAUUUCAAACGUUUACUGCAGCUAUCUGGUAUUAUAGUGUUCUCUAAAGUUCUGUCCUUUUUUCCCGCGGGAGGGGGGAGGGGAGGGGGUUGUUGUUCCACUAGACACUAUUAUAACAAUUACAGCUGGACUGGGCUUGACUUAUAACUGCUUUUGGCCAACUGAUUUUCGCUCUUUUUACUCUCGAGCUAGGCAUUUUGCACGCUUUGGUCAGCUGCAUGCUCCUUUAUUUAAUGGGAAAGAUUUGAUGCCAGAUUUGCUUCUCUGUUAGAAUCUCAUCAUGGUGAAUAUUUAUUUAUGGUUGUUCCUUUUUAUCUUUCUGAAAUCUAAUAGUUUAUACUAUAUGAUAUUACUUUCUUUACGAGGGUUCAGGUUUUCUAACUUUCCAUCGUUACUCUUGUUUCGGGGUGUUCCUUUAUUUAUGGCAUUUGCCUUGUUUAGGGUUAUUGUUCCUUAUACUCAUGGUUAUUCCUGUCUUAAUGGCAUUUGCUUUGUUGGGGGUUGUUUCUUUUUUAGUCAUCAUUAGUCCCCUAUUUUGCGAUGUUUGCCAUCUGUUCAGAGUAGUGGUUGCUGCUACUGCUAGCACGUAUGAUGCUGGCUGUGGCAGUAGCAAGCUUAAUUUUUUUUGUUACUCAAAAAUUACAAAUGCUUCAGUUGUUUAUGAAAACCGGAGCAUUUGUAGCAUCAAAUGCUUCAGUUUUAUUUAAUAACCGGAGCAUUUGUUGAGUUUUACCCAUAACAAAAAGCUCAAAUGCUCUGGUUUUAUGUACAACCGGAGCAUUUGUAAAAUGCUCAAAUGCUCGUAUGACGUCUGCUACGCGUCAAAUACGGAGCAUUUGUGGGCAUUUUAACCGGAGCAUUUGAUGAUUUUUCCACUAGUGAAUUGGAAUCCACUCAUGGAUAAAAAUGAUUAUAGUUCGAUCUUAUGUCUCACCUUAAAUGAUCAAUUCCAUUGGGGAUGAAAAGUAAAGGAAGGAAAAUAGUUUACGAAUAACUCACUUUUAGAAUUAGAUAAAUGUAUGAGGUAAUCACUCCAAUUAGUGAUUAAAACGAGAUUAAGAUAAUCACCUUAAUUAGUGAUUAAAACAAAGCUCAAAAUGAUCACUUUAAUCGGCGAUUAAAAUGAACGUUAAGAGAAGAUAACCACCCUAAUUAAUGAUUAAAUGAAAGGUUAAGGUAAUCACCCUAAUUAAUGAUUAAAAUAAAGGAAUAAAAUAAUCAUCCUAAUUAGUGAUUAUUUAAGAUUUAAGAUAAUUACUCUAAUUAGUGAUUCCAUGAAUAUGCUUAGAUUUAAGAUAACGGCUAUAAUUAAUGAUUAAAUAUGUAGGAAGCAAUCACCUUAAUUAGUGAUUAAAUUGAGAAUUGAAAUAAUCACUUUAAUUAGUGGUUGAAUAUGAAGGAAGCAAUCACCUUAAUUAGGGAAUAAAGUGAGAAUUUAAAUAAUCACCUUAAUUAGUGAUUGAAUGAAGAUUUAAAGUAAUCAUCUUGAUUAGUGAUAAACUUAGGAUUCUUAAAGAGUUCUUAAAAUAAUUUUCUUCAUAAAUGAAGGAUUUUGGAUGGAUGAAAAAUAAUCUCUUGAAGAUUUAAGUCAUUUUUAGCAAAGUGAUCAAUUUGAGAUGGGAUUUGGAGAUUCUGUUUGGCUAGUUGGAAUUUGGCAUUUAAAGUGAGACACAUAAAAUGACCUAAAAUCAAUAAGGAGAUCAUAGUUACCUUUCUAAUUAUGUCAAAUUAUACACAAAUCGAAUCAAAUUAAAAGUGUGCCCUAAAAAAACGAAAUAAAACGAGAAAAAAUAAACUUAAAAAACAAGGAAAUACAAUUGUAGUAAUGAAGAAAUCGUAUUUUGAAGGA